AUGGCUAUGGCGUACAGAAAAAAGGACAUUCAUGGGAAGUACGAGCUCGGCCGCCUCGUCGGCCAUGGCAGCUUCGCAAAAGUCUACCAUGCCAAAAACCUUCAAACGGGCGAAAGCGUGGCCAUUAAAGUCGUAUCGAAAGACAAGGUGAUCAGAGUUGGCAUGACGGAGCAAGUGAAACGAGAAAUAUCAGUCAUGAAGAAAGUGAAUCAUCCAAACAUCGUAAGGAUAUAUGAAGUCAUGGCCACCAAGUCCAAGAUCUACAUCGCCAUGGAAUAUGCUCGCGGCGGUGAAUUAUUCACCAAAAUCUCCAAAGGUCACUUGAGAGAAGACGUUGCUCGAAAUUAUUUCCGCCAACUAAUCUCUGCGGUAGAUUUUUGUCACAGUCGAGGAGUUUUUCACCGUGAUUUGAAGCCGGAGAAUCUCUUGUUAGACGAAGAGGGCAAUCUGAAAGUGACAGAUUUUGGAUUAUCAGCUUCGUCUGAUGAUUCUGAUCAAUCAAAGCAAGAUAGGCUGUUUCACACAGCGUGUGGGACUCCGGCAUAUGUUGCGCCGGAAGUGAUCGGAAAUAGAGGGUAUGAGGGUGCGAAGGCAGAUCUAUGGUCAUGUGGGGUGAUUCUCUUUGUUCUUCUUGCUGGGUAUUUGCCAUUUCAGGAUGAGAACAUCAUGAUCAUGUAUAGGAAGAUUCACAAAGGCAAGUUCAAAUGUCCGCCGUGGUUUUCGCCUGAGUCUCGCCGGAUUCUAACCAGAAUGCUCGACCCAAAUCCCAGUACCCGAAUCACAAUCUCGAAGUUGGUCGAAACAGCAUGGUUCAAGGAAGGGAAUCCCAGAAAUUCAAAGAAAAUGAAUGAAGAAGAUGAUAGCCCUCAGGUUGAAGGAAGAGAGGCGACGUCAGAAUCGGAGACGUUGAAUGCGUUUCAUAUCAUUUCGUUGUCUAAAGGGUUUGAUUUAUCGCCAUUGUUUGAGGAGAAGAGGAAGGAGAAAGAGGAGCUGAGGUUUGGAACGGCGAAGCCGGCGAGCAGUGUUAUUUCACGGCUGGAGGAGGUGGCGAAGGCGGCGGAAUUCAUUGUGAAGAAGUGUGAGUCCAGGGUGAGGUUGGAGGGGAUGGACUGUGGUAGGAAAGGCAAGUUGGCGGUUGAGGCGGAGAUGUUUGAGAUGGCACCGCCAUUUAUGGUGGUGGAAGUGAGGAAAGACGGCGGUGAUACGCUUGAGUACAACCAGUUUUUCAGCAAGGAGCUCCGGCCGGCGCUACAGGAUAUUAUAUGGACUGCUGAGAACUCCAUGGCUGCUUGA